CUGUUUGUCCUUACUGCACCUGCUGUACAGUGUCUAACUGCAGAUUGCGCCUGGCUGCACUGCCCAUGGCUCCUGCAGUCUUGCCUGCCCUCCUUCCUGUGUGUGCAUGUCUGCUGCUGGCCUCAGGCUCUGCCCAGGCAGGCAAGCUGCUGGUGGUGCCCAUGGACGGCAGCCACUGGUUGUCCAUGCGCUCUGUGGUGGAGAAACUCUUCCAGAGAGGGCAUGAGGUGGUGGUGGUCGUGCCAGAGGUGAGUUGGCAGCUGGGACGCUCACUGAACUUCACAGUGAAGACGUACUCAACUCCUCACACGCUGGAGGAUUUGGACCGGGAGUUCAAGUUUUUUGCUGAUACUCAGUGGAAAACUCGGGAAGACAAUAUGUUUGCUCUAGCAACAGGUUCUGCUAAAGGUUUUUUUGAUAUUGUUUUUUCACUCUGUAAGAGUUUGUUUAAUGACAAAGAACUGAUAGAGUACCUACGUGAGAGUUCUUUUGAUGCAGUGUUCCUGGAUCCUUUUGACAUGUGUGGCUUAAUUGUUGCCAGGUAUUUUUCACUCCCGUCUGUGCUCUUUUCCAGAGGAACGUUUUGCUCUAAUCUGGAAGAAGGAACCCAGUGCCCCAGUCCUCUUUCUUAUGUUCCCAGAUGGUUCCAGGGCUUAUCGCAUGCCAUGACUUUCAGAGAGAGAGUGCGGAACCACAUUUCCUUCCUGACAGAACAUCUAUUUUGUCCUAUAUUUUUUGAAAAAGCCAUAGAAGCUGCCUCUGAGAUUCUCCAGACCCCGGUCACUACAUAUGACCUGUUCAGCCAAGUGUCGAUUUGGUUGUUGAGAACUGACUUUGUCUUGGACUUUCCCAGACCUGUGAUGCCCAACAUGGUGUACGUUGGUGGAAUCAACUGCCACCGGGGAAAGCCACUGCCGAAGGUAGGACUUUUCUCUUUUGGGGGUGUUUCUCCUUUGUCUCCAACAGCCUGA